CUUUGUCUCUGUUUCCUCUUCCCCUCUUCUCGCUUUCUUCACCCUCUUCAUCGGCGGACAAUUCCCUGAGCAAUGGAGUCGGCGCCGUCGAAUUCAACAGUUGGCAUAGCCGCCGUUCCUUCGAAACGGCCUUCUCGGAGGCUCUUGUUCGACCUCCGCUAUGGCUGGGUGGUGGAUGAAUGGAAGCACCCAUCGGAGGAAGCUUUUGCUGGAGGCCGUGGAAUGUUCUGCAUACUGCCUUUGGCAAAAUCAUUGUGGAUGAUGGCUUCGAAGUCGAUAGAUUUCACAUCGAGUUAUGCAGUUGAAAUCAUUCGAAAGCCAGAGCUUUUAUCACCUCAGACGCUGCAGGCGAAUUUGGGAACUCAGCUCAACCGUUUCAAGUCUUCCCUACUCAACCCCGAUUUCAACCCACUUUCCUGCUUAAUUUCCUUCAAGCUUGGGCUCUUCUUGUUCCUCCAUGACGGACAACAAAACCAAUGUAAACUCACCAGCCAAUUCAGACCUUAUUGCAACCCAAUCAUAUGCUCUACAUGAUCUUUUAUUCAGCUGCAACUGCUCACAGCCAGCCAGCUCUAGAUAAGCUGGCACUACUUGUAUAUACAUAUGUCCUCUUUGCUACUUCCAAACUGAUUAUUCGAAUUCCGGCUUAUUAUUUGGCUUCACUACCAAGUAGUGCCAAAAUUGAUGUGUUUGUGUGAAUUGAUUUGGUCUCUUAGCAAUUAUAAUAGACUAAAAAAGACCUUUCUUUCAAGUUUUCAUCCAACAUAAUGAUUUUGAUCUAAAUUAGGCAUACAUGCAUUGUAGUUAACACUCUAUAAAUACAAAUCUACAGU